GCGGGCGGCUCCCCGCAGGUGCCAAGCGGGGUCUGGCGGCGAGAGGGUCCCAGCGCGCUGCCCCCGGGAGGAGUCGGACGCUGCCCGGACGCCCCGCAUGGCCCUGUGCCCGGCGCCCGAGGCCCGGGUGCGCCUGGUGCUCUUCGGGGCGGCGGGCGUGGGCAAGACGGCGCUGAUCCGCCGCUUCCUGCAGGACACGUUCGAGGCGCGGCACCGGCGCACGGUGGAGGAGCUGCACCAGCUGGAGCUGGAGCUGGAGGCGGGCUCCGGGCUGCGCCUCCGCCUGGAGAUCCUGGACACGAGCGGCAGCUACAGCUUCCCGGCCAUGCGGCGCCUCUGCAUCAGCCGCGCCGACGCCUUCGCCCUGGUCUACUCGCUGCAGGAGCCCGACUCCUUCGCCGAGGUGCAGCGGCUGCGGGACGAGAUCCUGGAGGCCAAGCGGGGCGCGGUGCCCUUCGUGGUGGUGGGGAACAAGAGCGACCUGGCGCCGGGCGAGCCCGACCCGCGCAUCGCCGCCGCGCAGCGGGACUGGGGCUGUCCCUGCCUGGAGGCGUCGGCCAAGCAGGGGCGCAACGUGGUCGGCCUCUUCCAGGAGCUGCUGAGCCAGGUCAACCUGCCCGGGCGGCUCAGCCCGGCCCUGCAGCGCCGCCGGCCCCAGACCUUCUCCAAGGAGCCGCCCCGCCGGAGCGGCAAGAGCCACAGCUGCGCGGUCUGCUAGGGCCCGGCGGGGCUGAGAGCGGACCCCGGGGUGCCGCGGCCAGCGGGCCCCAGAGCCGGGCGGGAGGGGGUCCCCCGGCAGCUGGAGGGAGCGGACCGGAGCUGCCUGCAGGGCGCUCCCGCUCCGCCCGCUGAGAGUGACCCGUUCGGGAUUGUUCCCCGCCUGCCAGCGGGGGGAGGAGCGGGCUCUGCUCCCCAUGUACCCCGCCUCCAGGCGCCGGCUAGAAGGGGGGGGUCCCUGCCGGCAGCAGCAGGCUCGGGGUGUUCCUGCGCCCCGCGUGCGCCCACGGGCGGCUCUCCAGGGCUGUGCGCUCCGGGCAGGGGGAACCCCAGCCUGGCCGAGCCGGAGAGUUUCGGGAGCAAGGUGUCGGAGCCGAGCAACGAGCCCGGCGACAGUGGGGGGGCUGUGGCUUUCUCUCUCCCUUUUGCUGGGUUCGGAGGGCAGGGGAAGCCUCCAAGGCAGCUCCCUGCCUCCUGUUAGCUUGUCCCGGACUUCUGGGGAUGCCGCUGUGGGUCUCCCAAUCUCGGCAGCGGUAGGAUGAGCGCUCACACCUCCUCUGCCAAAGCCUGCCUUUCUCCAUAACCUUCUCGGUCACUGAGGUUACAGGGCUCCUAAAGCCAGAGCUGUAAACGGGCGGGCUCAAAAUCCCUUCCCUGCCCCGGCUGCAGCUGCCAGGGGCCUGACCUUGUUCCAUGGGGUUUGCUGAGGGCAGCUGAGUUUCUAAUAUCCGAAUAAAGCUGCCCAGCUGCUCCCACUCUUGUCCUGCAGUGAGUCCCACCACCCGCCUCCCUGCAUAGGGACAAAGGCACCGCGUCCCCCCCCCUUCCUUGGAGGGGCCUGCUCAGCAGCCCUGUGCUACCAGCUAGGGAGGGGCAGGGCUUCCCGUGUAGUGAAGGAGCUGCUGGGGCUCCUGCGAUUUGUUUACACUCACACCUGGUGCUGCAAGCCCGGAGCGGCCGGCCGGGGCUCAAGCCUGGCACAAACUAAGCGCUGCAGCGGGCGGCCCUGGGCGGGACGCUGCUCCGGCUGCGAGGCCAAAGGACCCCAGGCGAUGUGUGAUCCUGCGCCGCAGCUCCCCGGGCGCAAUGGACGGAACGAAGCCCCCGCGGCCUCUGGCACCUCUUACUCCAGGGGAGCAGCCAGAGCCGCCUAGAAAUGGAGCCAGCUGUGGGGGGUGUGAAAAGGAGAAGGGGGGCAGGGGGUGUAUUGCAGAGCGCGGCCCCCGCCAAAACACGGCUCCAGGAAUGACGCUGUAAGGGGACCCAGACAUGUGUUAAGUUACUUGUUUCUUUGCGUUCCGCGACCACUCUAGCUUCCUGUAAUAAAUCACUGUGUGGACAAGUCCCUGUGUCUAGGUGCCUUGGCCCUGACCGCUGUGUCCCCGGCUGCCGUGGGCAGAUCCCUGUCCGCACGGGCCGCGGAGCGCGGUUCUCUAGCUCCCUGCUUCCCGGCCUCUUCGUGCGCUGUAGCCGGUGCUCCCUCCCCUUGGAAUAUGGAGCCUGAGCAAGCGAAUUUACGGUCACAUCAAUCUUACUGCAAAGACUGUUUGCGGGCUUUAACUUGCACAGCUGAAGACUUAGACUUGCCCCUUUUAAUGAAUUUACUGGAGUUAUUUAAAUGUGAAUUCAAUCCAUUUGAAUAACAUUUGGGUCUUUGACGCUAACUUGUCAAAUAACAAACAGGAAAUUAAUAGAUGUUGCUGCACCAUGUCAGACUAGCUAGCUGGCUAGCACCAGCAGGAGAGUGAAUUUGUGUGGGGGGGUGGAGGGUGAGAAAACCUGGAUUUGUGCUGGAAAUGGCCCACCUGUUGAUCACUUUAGAUAAGCUAUUACCAGCAGGACAGUGGGGUGGGAGGAGGUAUUGUUUCAUGAUUUCUGUGUGUAUAUAAUGUCUGCUGCAGUUUCCACGGUAUGCAUCCGAUGAAGUGAGCUGUAGCUCACGAAAGCUCAUGCUCAAAUAAAUUGGUUAGUCUCUAAGGUGCCACAA